AUGGGGGCUGCGGCGGAGGACUGGGCGUGUGGAGGCAGGGAGGUGGCUGACGAAGGGGGUGGCUGGAAGGUGGAUGACGGAGGGGGUGGCAGUGGGUUGGCUGGAAGAUGGAAGAAAGUAUGGACUCAAGUUUCUGUACUUGAUUUCACCGAUGUACCAGAAUAUUAUCGCCCAUUGUGUGACGAGGCAAAAAUUUGUUACAAUAACUUUGUGGAUAAGGUUCUAGUUGAGAACAAUACAUCUUAUCUACAACGUUUCUGUUAUGAAUUCUCUUGUGAUGAUGACAGUGAAAGAUACGAGUCAUGGUUGAAUUCUGCAAAGAGACGUGAAUAUUUUGAGAUUGAUUUGGAUUUUACUUUGGGUGGAAGUCGAAGUCAUAGGUUUAUAGAGUUGAUUUACGGAAAGAGAGUAACGGUAUUGAAACUAACGGGUGUGAAAAUCUGCGGUACUCCAGAGUUUUUUCAUCUACCGUGCCUUAAGGUUGUCCACCUUAUUAAAGUAAAGUUUAACGGGAAUGACUAUAUGAAGAGAUUGACAUCAAAUUGUCCAUCUCUCAGAAAAUUUUUUAUCAAAGAAUGCACUGGUUUGGACGAUCUAUUGUACGUGGAGUCUCUGACAUUAAAGUCUUUAGAAAUUUGUGAUAUCGUGAGUCAAGCUCUAGGAAGAUCUCUGAGUAUUAACAUUAAAGCACCGAAUCUCGAGUACCUUAGUUUCGAUGAUGAAGUAACACAUUAUAUGGUUGAUAGCCUGGACUUGCUUACUCAGGCAAAUCUUAAUCUUAGGGACAAUUUUCCGGUCAGAGUUAAUGAAUAUGGAAGCAAUUAUGAUACUUAUCAAGAUAUAAAUUAUCUUAUAAACAAAGCUUCCAAAGUUGAUUCUUUGAGGCUUAAAACUUCCGAGUUUUUCAUCAAUGAGAGAGAGCUACCAACCUCCGGAAACUUGACUCGUUUGGAAGUGAAGGACGAUGGUUGCACCUACGAGUUACUAAAACAAACUCCUAAGUUAAAAUCGCUGAUAUUCGAGGAAGUCGAAUGGAUUGAUGACUCUCUAAGUUAUUUAGCCGAAGAUGGUUGUAUAUCAAGCCUUAAACAUAUUACAGUCUUCUUGGACAAUGUAUGCCAAGGUUAA